UGAUAGAAUAUUCAACUCGGGAAGUGCCGCAGUGAUUCUUCUGUUAGCUCUGUGCGUAACCUUGUCUUGGGCUGUGUGUUUGACUUUGAACUCCAACUGAUGACUCAUUUUUAAUGUGUUAAUUGCUGCUGUGUCAUUCCCCCAUCUGUUAUGUUUGAUAAGUAUAUAAACUUUAAGGUACCUAGCUGAUAGUGUCAGUACGCCAAUAGCAGAGAAACGAGUAACACCUGGCAAUAUUUUAAGGGUUACUGCUUUUUGGCUUCUCCCGCUGCUUGCUGCAGCAAACCAGUCUUCGAAGUGUCACCAUGAGUAACAACGCCUCAUUUGACUGGAAGAAGGCAAGUUCGAUUUAUGACUUCACUGUGAGGGACAUCAAAGGCCAGGAUGUGUCGUUGGAAAAAUACAGGGGUCACGUGGCCAUCGUGGUGAACGUGGCCUCCAAGUGCGGGCUGACGGCCACCAACUACAAGGAGCUGGCGGAGCUGCACGACAAGUACUCCCAGGAGAAGGGCCUGCGCAUCCUCGCCUUCCCCUGCAACCAGUUUGCCGGAGAGGAACCGGGCAGCUCAGAGGACAUAGUGUGCUUCGCGAUGAAGCAGAACGCCAAGUUCGACUUGUUUGAGAAGAUAGACGUGAAUGGAGACGGGGCGCACCCCCUCUACAAGUACUUGAAGCACAAGCAGGGCGGGACCCUGGGAGACUUCAUCAAGUGGAACUUCACCAAGUUCAUCAUCGACAAGAACGGACAGCCGGUGGAGCGACACGGACCGAACACGGACCCCAGCAAGCUGGUGUCUCACCUGGAGAAGUACUGGUGAGGACGCGGUGGCAACACUUCUUCAGAUCUUCUCAUAGCAGCUUCUCUCAUCCACACAUCAUCUUUGACUCCAGUUUUAGUGCCUUUCAGUAUUGUGAUCGCUCACAUACACAGUAUUUCAACCACUAAAAGAAUUUUGGUAGAGCAUGUUCUUAUUUUACUGAUACCUAGUGCAAGCAAUCAUGUUCAGACUUUUAAAAUAUAGAAUGAUAAUUCAACUGUUUAUCAUACAACCAGGUUGUCAGCGAAAAUUGUUUCCACAUUUUCUCUCAUUCUUGUAGAAACUAUGGUACUCCCCACUUUAUAAACAAGUUUAUUAAAAGAUUUAUUGUGUUUUCUGAUCAUAUUCAGUACCUGAAGAGGUUUUUUGAUAUCAUGUAAAUAAAAGCUGUAUAUUAUUUUUGUAAAUAAAAGUUGUUUAUUCUUUUGAGAGUUA